CUCUACCAGAACAGGUUUUUGGGCCUGGCUGCCAUGGCAUCUCCAUCUAGGAACUCACAAAGCCGGCGUCGCUGCAAGGAACCACUCCGCUACAGCUACAACCCUGACCAGUUCCACAAUGUGGAUAUCAGGAAUAGUCCACAUGACCCUGUCACUCUUCCUCGCUCCACCAGUGACACUGACCUGGUCACCUCAGAUAGCCGCUCCACUCUCAUGGUCAGCACCUCCUACUAUUCCAUAGGACAUUCACAAGAUCUGGUGAUCCACUGGGACAUAAAGGAGGAAGUAGAUGCUGGAGACUGGAUUGGCAUGUAUCUCAUUGAUGAAGUUCUAUCUGAAAAUUUUCUGGAUUAUAAGAACCGUGGAGUCAAUGGGGCUCAUCGGGGUCAGAUCAUUUGGAAGAUUGAUGCCAGUUCGUACUUUGUGGAACCUGAAACGAAGAUCUGUUUCAAAUACUACCAUGGAGUGAGUGGAGCCCUGCGGGCCACGACCCCCUGUGUCACAGUUAAAAACUCAGCAGCUCCUAUUUUUAAAAAUGUUGUCCCGGAUGAUACUGUUCAAGAGCAAGGAAGUCGAAGACUGAUCAGCUUUUCUCUCUCAGAUUUCCAGGCCAUGGGGCUGAAGAAAGGGAUGUUUUUCAACCCAGAUCCUUAUUUGAAGAUUUCCAUCCAACCAGGGAAGCACAGUAUCUUUCCUGCCCUUCCUCACCAUGGACAGGAGAGGAGGUCCAAGAUUAUAGGCAAUACUGUGAACCCUGUCUGGCAAGCUGAGCAAUUCAGCUUUGUGUCCUUGCCUACUGAUGUGCUGGAAAUUGAGGUGAAAGACAAGUUUGCCAAGAGCCGUCCUAUCAUCAAGCGCUUUUUGGGAAAGCUGUCAAUGCCAGUUCAGAGACUCCUGGAGAGACACGCCAUAGGGGACAGGAUAGUCAGCUACACACUUGGCCGCAGGCUUCCAACAGAUCAUGUGAGUGGACAGCUGCAGUUCCGAUUUGAGAUCACUUCUGCCAUCCAUCCAGAUGAUGAGGAAAUGUCCCUAAGUAAUGAACAAGAGUCAGGGGAAAUUCAGGACCACCUCGUAACCAACCAGGGGGAAAGCAGUGGUCAGGAGCCUCUGCUUGAAGCAUCUGGGCCAUCAGAGAGCUGGAAGCCAGAGUCACUGUGUGAGGACAGAGCUGGGGAUACUUCUGAGAAUGAGAGUAUGGAGGUGGCCAAGCCCUUGGAGGAAGCAGCAGGCACCGAAGCAGGAGAUGAUAGUAUGAUCUCUCAGGGACAUGAAGGGUCUGGCUUGUUUCUGGCCUCAACACAGGAGGACCAGCUGGCAGAGGAGAUAGACCUGGAGGAAAAGGUGACACCCAUGCUGCUGCUGGAGGAGGAGAGUGAAGCCCCAGCCAGCACGGAGGAAGGGCCACUGGCAGAGAGGGCCCAGACUGAGGGCGCGACAGGGAAAGACGAGGGGGAGAAGGAGUUGGAGCAGGAGGAGGAGGAGGAGAUGCCUGCCUCGGAGCAGGGAGAAGACAUGCCACCAUUAAGGGUCUCAGUGAAGAGAAAAAGCAGGCCCUGCUCCUUACCGGUGUCUGAGCUGGAGACCAUCAUCACAUCAGCCUGCGGAGAACCAGAGACCCCGAGGACUCACUACAUCCGCAUCCAUACUCUCCUGCACAGCAUGCCUUCGGCACAGAGUGGUCAGGCCUGCGAGGAAGAGGAUGGCGCCGAGGACGAGUCCACCCUCAAGGACUCCUCUGAGAAAGAUGGGUUCAGCGAGGUGGACACGGUGGCCGCGGACCCGCUGCCUCUUGAGGUUGAUGGAGAAUUGCCCGAGGGGGCGACCCCAGGCCUAGUGCUGCACGAUCACUCCGGGGAACCAUUCCCAAGCCUGGAAAAUGGCGAGCCACACCCCAGCACCGGGAGUGAGAGCGACUCGAGCCUGAGGCAGGGCGGGGAGCACAGCUGCGAGGGCUGCGACGCCUCCUGCUGCAGCCCCUCAUGCUGCAGCGCCUCCUGCUACAGCACCUCCUGCUACAGCAGCUCCUGCUACAGCGCUUCCUGCUACAGCCCCUCCUGCUACAAUGGCGGCAACAGGUUCGCCAGCCACACACGCUUCUCCUCAGUUGACAGCGCCAAGAUCUCCGAGAGCACUGUCUUCUCCUCUCAAGAUGACGAGGAGGAGGAGAACAGCGCCUUCGAGUCUGUGCCAGACUCUGCGCAGAGCCCAGAGCUGGACCCGGAGGCCACCAAUGGCCCUGGGCAGUGGGCAGAGGAGCUGGCCAACUCCAGCGUGACCAUGGAGAGAACCGCUGACGGGCUGGAGUCUCCAGUGGCAGGUCCAAGCACUCGGAGAGAAGGUGAAUAUCCUAUACUCCAUAAUUCCCAGCCAGUAAGCCAGCUUCCUUCCUUGAGGCCUGAACAUCACCACUACCCAACAAUCGAUGAGCCUCUUCCACCAAAUUGGGAAGCUCGAAUUGACAGCCAUGGGCGGGUCUUUUAUGUGGACCAUGUGAACCGCACAACUACCUGGCAGCGUCCCACAGCAGCGGCCACCCCUGACGGGAUGCGGAGAUCAGGGUCCAUCCAGCAGAUGGAGCAGCUCAACAGGCGGUAUCAAAAUAUCCAGAGAACCAUUGCAACAGAGAGGCCUGAGGAAGAUUCUGGAAGCCAAACUUGUGAGCCAGUCCCAGCAGGAGGCGGGGCUGGCAGAGGAAGAGGUGGUGGAAGUGACUCAGAGGCUGAAUCUUCUCAGUCAAGCAUAGAUCUGAGGAGAGAUGGGUCACUUUCUCCAGUGAACUCACAAAAAAUUACUUUAAUGCUGCAAUCUCCAGCUGUCAAGUUCAUCACCAACCCUGAGUUCUUCACCGUGCUGCAUGCCAAUUAUAGUGCCUAUCGAGUCUUUACCAGUAGCACCUGUUUAAAGCACAUGAUCCUGAAAGUCCGGCGGGAUGCCCGCAACUUCGAGCGCUACCAGCACAACCGAGACCUGGUGAAUUUCAUCAACAUGUUUGCAGACACUCGGUUAGAAUUGCCUCGAGGUUGGGAAAUCAAAACAGACCAACAAGGGAAGUCUUUUUUUGUGGACCACAACAGUCGAGCCACCACUUUCAUUGACCCCCGAAUCCCUCUUCAGAACGGUCGUCUUCCCAAUCACCUGACCCAUCGACAGCACCUCCAGAGGCUCCGAAGUUACAGCGCUGGAGAGGCCUCAGAAGUCUCUAGAAACAGAGGAGCUUCCUUACUGGCUCGUCCAGGAUAUAACCUUGUAGCUGCUAUUCGAAGCCAACAUCAACACGAGUCAUUACCACUGGCAUAUAAUGAUAAAAUUGUGGCAUUUCUGCGCCAGCCAAACAUUUUUGAAAUGCUGCAAGAGCGUCAGCCUAGCUUGGCAAGAAACCACGCUCUCAGGGAGAAAAUCCAUUAUAUUCGAACUGAGGGUAAUCAUGGACUUGAAAAAUUGUCCUGUGAUGCAGAUCUGGUAAUUUUGCUGAGCCUCUUCGAAGAAGAAAUUAUGUCUUACAUUCCCCUGCAGGCUGCCUUCCACCCUGGGUACAGCUUCUCUCCCAGAUGUUCACCAUGUUCCUCACCUCAAAACUCCCCAGGCUUACAGAGAGCUAGUGCAAGAGCCCCUUCACCGUACCGGAGAGAUUUUGAAGCCAAGCUCAGAAAUUUUUACAGGAAAUUGGAAGCCAAAGGAUUUGGUCAGGGUCCAGGAAAAAUUAAGCUCAUUAUUCGUCGAGAUCAUUUGCUUGAGGGGACCUUCAAUCAGGUGAUGGCUUAUUCCCGGAAAGAGCUCCAGCGAAACAAGCUCUAUGUCACCUUUGUUGGAGAAGAAGGCCUAGACUACAGUGGUCCAUCAAGAGAAUUCUUUUUCCUGCUGUCUCAAGAACUUUUCAACCCAUACUAUGGACUUUUUGAGUACUCUGCAAAUGAUACGUACACAGUGCAGAUUAGCCCCAUGUCUGCGUUUGUGGAGAAUCACCUUGAAUGGUUCAGAUUUAGUGGCCGAAUCCUAGGCCUGGCGCUGAUCCAUCAGUACCUUCUUGAUGCUUUCUUCACGCGGCCCUUCUAUAAGGCACUUUUGAGACUACCCUGUGAUUUGAGUGACCUGGAAUAUUUGGAUGAAGAGUUCCAUCAAAGCUUGCAGUGGAUGAAAGACAACAAUAUUACAGACAUCCUAGACCUCACUUUUACAGUUAAUGAAGAAGUUUUUGGGCAGGUAACAGAAAGAGAGUUGAAGUCUGGAGGAGCCAACACCCAGGUCACAGAGAAGAACAAGAAGGAGUACAUUGAGAGGAUGGUGAAGUGGCGGGUGGAGCGUGGUGUGGUGCAGCAGACAGAGGCACUGGUGCGAGGUUUCUAUGAGGUUGUAGAUUCCAGGCUUGUCUCCGUGUUUGAUGCCCGGGAGCUGGAGCUGGUGAUUGCUGGUACUGCAGAAAUAGACCUCAAUGACUGGCGGAAUAACACUGAGUACCGAGGAGGUUAUCAUGAUGGACAUCUUGUGAUCCGCUGGUUCUGGGCUGCAGUGGAGCGGUUCAAUAAUGAACAGCGAUUAAGACUGCUGCAGUUUGUCACAGGAACCUCGAGUGUGCCCUAUGAAGGCUUUGCAGCUCUGCGAGGAAGCAAUGGGCUUCGGCGGUUUUGCAUAGAAAAAUGGGGGAAAAUCACAUCUCUCCCCAGGGCACACACAUGUUUUAACCGAUUGGACCUCCCAUCAUAUCCAUCGUACUCCAUGUUAUAUGAGAAGCUAUUAAUAGCAGUUGAAGAAACCAGCACUUUUGGACUUGAGUGA